AUGGAAAUACCGUCGGAGAAGAUGCUCGUUUAUGGUGUGCUUUUGUUUAGUAUUAUUUGGUGUAUUAGUGAGUGUAAUGAUAUCAUCAAUUCUAAUAGCAACAAGGAGACAACGCUACCGGCGAAAAAUACCGUGAUGGCGGUAUUCAGCCCGAUGACCAAAUCACCUGGACCCUGUCGCUAUCUGUCCGGAACGCGCAAACAGAAUCACCAGUGCCGCCGAGAUGUAGGUCUGCCGGAAGCUAUCAAGGAGGCACGCCGGCUAGCUGUAACGCACUGUGAGGAACAAUUUCGCUACGAUCGCUGGAAUUGUUCGAUCGAAACACGGGGCAAACGGAACAUAUUCAAGAAGGUUUACCGCGAAACAGCAUUUGUGCAUGCCCUCACGGCGGCGGCAAUCACUCAUUCCGUGGCGCGAGCUUGUGCUGAGGGAAAAAUGUCCAAAUGCCAGUGUGCUUCCGAAAAACGACCGGAAGCCACACGGCUGGCCUGGAAAUGGGGUGGUUGCAGUGACAACCUGAAACAUGGCAAACGAGUCACGAGAAACUUUCUGGAGCUCCAACCAGCUAAUGGCGAUCCUGUAGCGGAAAUGCUGCGACAUGAUAGUGAAGUCGGAAUCCAAACAGUUACAUCCACCAUGAACGAUCGAUGUAAAUGUCAUGGAGUUUCAGGAUCGUGCUCUUUGAAAACAUGCUGGCGAAAGUUAGGAGAUUUCAACGCGACCGCUGCAAUACUGCGGACAAAAUAUCACCAUGCCGUUCGAAAAAUUCCGGUUAAUAAUAAAACAUCACGAAGAGCUGUUCCCAAAGAGUUGAAAGAAAAGGAUGCAUCAUAUGAUCAACUUUAUUACUUCGAAACGUCACCGACAUUCUGUUCCGUUACUCGAGGUCGUCGAUGCCUGCACCCAGAUAAUUGCGCAACGCUUUGCUGUGGUCGAGGAUACACUACCAAAGUAGUCAAAACGUUUGAAAAAUGCCGCUGCCGCUUCACGAAUGGACGCUGCUGCCAAAUAGUGUGCGAUUACUGUGAAAAAGUUGACGAUCGAUAUUACUGUAAAUAGAUUUUUUCAAAAUUCGGCAGAGUUUUCAAAUGCUGCAAAUAAUAGUUGUAUCGUAUAUAAAGCUAUUUAUUGUACUGUACGAAAUAAGUAUUACUCUUACUAUACAAACUAGUGUGUACCUACCAACAAAUAGUCAUUCUUUGUGCGUUAAUUUUUAGAUAUACAAAAAAUGAUACAA